GUAGCACCUACGCUGGCAGUUGGCGCGCCGUUAUUUUGCAAUAGUUGGAUUUCUGGCUAUCCGAUUCCGGUCCGUAUGGUUUGAACCACUGAUAGGCUAUCGUUUCUGAUCCUGGAAAUGUGCAAGAUUUCGGCUCACUGAAGCUGACUUCCUCCCCAGUCUGGAGAAUGAUGUUUGUGAUGCCACUUGACCCGGAGGAGUGAGUCAGGGGAGACAAGCAGACAGAGAGAGAUAGAGAGGGAGAGAGAGAGCACUCGCAAAGGUGGGGGAACACCAAGCCACCGUCAUCAGAGCCUCAGAGGGAAGAGUGAGACUGGGGCGAGGCCGUCGAGGAGGAGGUGGAGGAGGUGGAGGAGGAGGACAGGAAGAGGGCAGAUUAAAGGGCAUCUAACGUCUGGUCUGGUCUUCUGAGGAGUAAAUCCCUACCACCCUCCCUCCCUCCCUCCAGGCGGGCGGGCAGGCAGGAAGGCAGGAUGUCGACCUCAGCCAGGCAGGAGCGGAGCGUGUGCGUUCUCCUGCCCACCAAGGAGCAGCUGGACAUCACCGUGGGGGUGAAGUCCACGGGACAUGAGGUUCUUGGCCUGGUUGCGCAGCACGUGUGUGUUAAAGACCUCCACUUCUUUGGCCUGACGAUAGUGAAGGACAAUGAGCACAUCUAUCUGGACCUGGAGGAGAAGGUGACCAAGUAUUUCCCCAAGGAGUGGAAACAGGAGAGCGGGAAGAAGAGAAUCCCCCUGCUGCUCUUCCUCAAGGUGCAGUUCUACGUGGAAAAUGGCAGACUCAUCAGUGAGCGGCGAGCGCGGCAGCUGUACUACGCCGAUCUGCGUGAGCGCGUGUUGCGGUCAGAGUGCCGUCAGCAGGAGGAAGUGUACUUCCAGCUGGCUGGCUACGCCAUGCAGGCGGACCUGCCCGACCACCCCACGCACCCCCUCUCCCACGACGGGCAGCCGCUACCCUACUUCCAGCCCAAGGACUACUUCCCACCCUGGAUUGUGGCCAAGCGGGGGGUGGACUAUCUGCUGCGGCACGGCCCCAACUUGCACCAGGAGCUGUGGGGCAUGGCCUCGCGAGACGCCGUCCUCCUCUUCAUACGAGAGGCCUCGCGCCUGGAGGACGUUCCGGUCACCUUCUACAGGCUACUGAAGGACAAGAGAGAAGACAGGGGCUCCGCUCUCCUGGGCCUCACGCUACGAGGAAUGCAGGUUUAUCAGGAGGUGAAUAACAUGCGGCAGCUGCUCUACGACUUCCCCUGGUCCAACGUGGGGCGCCUCACCUUUCUGGGUAAGAAGUUUGAGAUCCAGCCGGACGGUCUGCCGUCGGCGCGUAAGCUGGUGUACUACACGGGCUCCGCCUUCCGCUCGCGUCACCUCCUGCUCCACCUCAGCAGCAGCCAUCAGCUCUACCUGAGCCUGCAGCCCGCACUCACACACCUACGCCAACUAGAGGAAGACGAAGAGAAGAAGCGCUACCGUGAGUCGUACAUCAGCGACGACCUCGACCUUGAGCCGGCGGGCAGUGCCAGCGAGGGCAGCCCGCGCCUCUCCCGCCACUCCACCAGCAGCUCAGGCAUCGAGGCCGACACGCGGCAACGCAGUGCCUCUGUGGAGAUGACCUCUGCGGACGAGGAGCGCAGCGUAUCCGUGGAGAUGACCUCUGCGGACGAGGAGCGCCUCCGGCAGCCCAGCGCAGCCGACAAGUCGUUCAGCUCCGCCGCCAGCCUGGGCAGCUCGCACACCUCCGGAGUGGACACGGGCAGCAAGGCACGCACCGACGAGGAAGAGGAGGAGGAGGAGGAGGAAGCGACCCAGGGGCAGGUGAGCAGCCCUGCAGAGGUCAGUGUUGAGGUCAGCGUCGACAACCCCGGGGAGGUCUCUGUGGACGACCCUCAGGAGAUGCUGCGAUUGGCUGAGCUGUUGGAGGGCGUGUCAGUGGACUGUCCAUCUCUACUGUCAGAGAUCCACUCCAGAGGCCUCAGAGUUCUUGCUGACACGACAGACACCCAGCCCAAACACAGCAGCAUCGACACCUUAGGCACAGUGUUGAACUGGAAGUCGCGUACCUCCGCGGACCGCCACAGCCAGAGUCUGGACGACAUCCACCUCUACUCCCCACCCACGCCCCUGGGCACCGCCCCCCACACCAAUACCUCUCACAGCUACACCUUCGGGCUCCCCGAGGGCCACAUGGGCACCAAGAGCCAGCAGCAGCAGCAGCAGCCCACGGAGCUCCAGUCCCCAGCCAAGCCCUCCUUCUACGGCAGGCGCUCCAUGAACUGCCUCUCCCUCGACCUACUGGAGGACGACCAGCUACUGGAACUCAUACUGUGAUGUGACUUGGAAGAUGAGGGCUGCCAUCUCAUGGGUGACGCUGCUGCUCUGCAUGUGGGGAACUCAGACUCGG